AUGAAGACCGGGUUCGUGCUCGUCAUCGGGCUGGUCGCGACCAUUUGGUCAGGAACUCCGGACGACACAGUUGGCCUCACCUCACUGUAUGAGGGAGAUUCCAAGCACGGGGCCAACAUGCAGGGAAGUCUCUUGUUCCAGGCUUUCCACCGGAAAGUCAUGGACACCGGCGUGGAAACUAAAAACAGCAUUGUCUACUCUGCCUGUGUAUGGCUGUUGUGUGCCCUACACCAGACACGGUUUUGGAGGAUCCGCACCGUGUACAAGCUUGUUGGGCACACACACAGCCACUGUGACAGGGUCUUCAGUCGCAUCAAGGCGUCGCUGAUGGGAAAGAGUUACAUCAGUGAAGAUGACAUGAAACAAAUCAUUGUGUCCACCCUUAAGUCCUACAAAAUGGAGUGGGACCACCUGCACGCCUCCCUGGACUUUGAAGCCUUGAAAACUUUGCUGGGAUUGGACAUUCGCCACCUGAGAAAUGUUCACGAUCUGGAAAUUUUCCGCACCACGGGCGGGGUCUUUGUGCGCUGGAAGCAAUAUAUCAGUGAUGAACUGUGGAGCCGUCCCCGACUGGUGGUGGCGCCGGAGAACAUUGCGACGGUGGCACAAGCCAGGCCGCCCCAUGUGAAGCACAAGUUCACGGAUGAAGCGAAGGCAAAGUUCAGUGACUUUUUGUCUAAACUUGAAAUCCAGCUGGGCUCGAUGAACCUUUUGGAUGAUCAUGUGCGAGCUGGCAUGGCUUGGCUGAAGCAGGUGACCCAGUUUGACACUGACUUCACAAUGCCAGUUGACAGGAUGUUGGGUGACAUCAUGCAUGGCGGAGCACCACGUGGAUGUCGCUUGGAGUCUUCCGCGAUUGUCCCUGAUGACAUGCUCCUUCUCAACUGUCCAGGACCUUGUAGUUUGGUGCGGCUUGGCACCGUGGGAGAUUCUGACCCAGCCAUGGAUGCUUCGUGUUGUGUUGGUGAUUUCGUCAUCACCUUGAAUGACUCGAAGGCGCUCCCCUUUGUCAUGGGCCAGGUGGUGGAUGUCGAUGGUGACUCGGGAAUAGUUCAGUGGUGGCACCCGGGAAAAUCAAAAGAAGCCAACCUCAAAGCUGGUAGAAAGAAGGCGAUCCUGGAUUUGUUUGGUGGAUGGCAGCCCACAACUGACAUUCCUGUUGGCGAACUCGAGCCCUUGCCGCCAUCGGUGGUGAGUCCUGCACGAAUCAGGAUUUGGGGGGGGACCAAAUUCCAUUCUCCAUCCUGGAUAAAGUCCAGGGAGAGCUGGAUAUAG